AGCCCUGUGCCCGGCUCUGCAGGGGGCGUCGCGGGCCGCCCUCCGCUGCCAAGCGUCCUCCCGGCCGGCCGGGCGGCGGCGGGGCGGGGCCGGGCGGCGGGACGGAGUGCCCGGCCGGGGUCGAGGAAGUGGCCGGAGGAGGGACGCGCGGCGCCAGUCCGUUGGCGAUGUGAGGGAAGGGGAGCGGCCCCUUCCCCGGACCAUGGCGGCCCCCGGAACCCCAGGAGGAUAUGAUGUGCUGAUUGUGUAUGCAAGUGACGCCACUGAAUGGUGUCAGUACCUCCAGAACCUCUUCCUCUUUACUCGGCACGUUCGAAAGCAUCGGAUUCUGAGCUACCAGCUGGAAGGCAAGUCUGCCAUCUCCCACCAGGAGCUGGACUUGUUCAACAGAAGUCGGAGCAUCGUUCUUUUGCUAUCUGCUGAGCUGGUGCAGAGUUUUUAUCUCCCUCAUGUCCUUCAGAGCCUUCAGGAAGCUUUAUGGCCCCCAUACAAAGUAGUCAAGCUGUUCUGCGGUGUUACAGACUGUGAUGACUAUUUGACCUUUUUCAAGGACUGGUCUCAGUGGCAAGAACUCACAAAUGAUGAUGAGCCUGAUGCUUACCUUGCAGCUGUCAGGAAGGCUAUUUCAGAAGACUCAGGCUGUGACUCUGUGACCGAUACAGAAACCGAAGACGAGAAGAACCCAACUUACUCCCACAGACUUGCCAUGAGUGAAGAAUAUGGAUCGUCCAGGAGCACUGGGGACCAUCCAGUGGUGCAGCCUGACCGCAUACGGUGUGGGGUGCAGACAACAGUUUAUAUUAUCCUGAAAUGUAAACUAGAUGGCGAAGUGAAAACUGAAGUUGAAUUCUCUCCAGAGAACGCAUCGUCUGUACGUGUGCCAGCUGAGAUGGAGAAUGAGUACACAAUCUCUGUGGAGGCUCCAAAUUUAACCUCUGGGACAGUGCCUCUGCAGAUAUAUUCAGGGGACUUGAUGGUGGGAGAAGCAAGCAUCACAUACCAUACCGACAUGGAGGAAAUCAGCAGUCUGCUGGCUAAUGCAGCCAACCCGGUACAGUUCAUGUGCCAGGCCUUUAAAAUCGUGCCAUACAGCAUAGAAGCGCUGGACAAACUGUUGACUGAAUCACUGAAGAAGAACAUUCCUGCCAGUGGCUUACACCUGUUUGGAAUCAACCAGCUGGAAGAAGAAGAUAUGACAACAAAUCAGAGGGAUGAGGAGUUGCCAACACUGCUUCACUUUUCUGCAAGGUACGGGCUGAAGAAUCUCACCGCCUUGCUGCUUACAUGCCCUGGGGCACUGCAGGCCUACAGUGUAGCCAACAAAUACGGCCACUAUCCAAACACCAUAGCAGAAAAGCACGGCUUUAAGGACCUCCGCCAGUUCAUUGAUGAAUAUGUGGAAACUGCAGAUAUGCUGAAGAGUCACAUUAAGGAAGAGCUGAUGCAAGGCGAGGAGGAUGAAUCUGUUUAUGAGUCCAUGGCUCAUCUGUCCACUGAUCUGUUAAUGAAAUGUUCCUUGAAUCCUGGCUCUGAUGAAGAGCUUUAUGAAUCCAUGGCUGGAUUUGUCCCUGCUGCCCCAGAAGAUCUUUAUGUAGAGAUGCUUCAGUCCAAACCAGACACUCCAGUUGCCGGAGAUGAAGUUUCUCUAACUACAAAAGACUCAAUGCUCCGCAAGUUUUUAGAAGGCAGUAGCAUGGAUUUGCCAGAUUCAGAGGAAGGAGUUUACCAGCAGUAUGGAGAAGAUGUAUACUACUCAGUGGAACAAGAUAGUUUUCCACAGGAAAUGGCUAGCAGACCUCCAGUUCCAGUUCCAAGACCAGAAUCCAGCUCUCCACAGCCGGACAAUGAGCUGUACAUCUCCAAAAUUUUUGCACAGAAAGCUCAAAGACCUGAGAAUCUCUAUGUCCCUAGAGGAAAGGUUAGGAAAGAGACAAUAGUCAGGCCUGUAAGGGACCUGUCUCAGUCAAGCAUAUAUGAUCCAUUUGCUGGAAUGAAAACCCCAGGUCAACGGCAGCUGAUUACAUUACAGGAGCAAGUGAAAAUGGGCAUACUCACUGUUGAUGAAGCUGUACUUCAUUUUAAGGAGUGGCAACUGAACCAGAAAAAGAGAUCAGAAUCUUUCCGGUUCCAGCAGGAAAAUCUGAAACGGCUACGAGACAGCAUAACCAGGAGGCAAAUGGAGAAGCAAAAAAAAGACAAAAGUGCAGAUCUCGAAAUUACAGUACCCAUUCGACAUUCUCAGAAUACUUUGGGAAAACCAGAAUGUGGAAUAUAUGAAUACGCCCCCCGGAAAAACAUUUUCCCACCAAAGAGGGAGUUAAAGCGAGGAGACUGGAAAACAGAAAGCACAUCCAGCACAACAAGUAGUGCAAGUAACCGCUCCAGCACGCGGAGCAUAUUGAGCGUCAGCAGUGGGAUGGAAGGGGACAGUGAGGACAAUGAAGUCUCAGAAACAACUAGAAGCCGCAGCCCAGUUGCCCACCAAGCCGAUAGGCUGCCUUUCCCAGAAAGGCCUCCCAGAGUACCUCCUCGAGGUGCAAGCAGGCCUGCAAGCUGUGAAGGAUUUUAUCCUCCACCUGUGCCCCCAAGAGGUCGCUGAAUCUCUCAACAUCUGUGGAAUAUGAGAUUUUUCUGUUUGUAUGCGUGUUUGUACAGAUAUUUUUGGGUCGUCUUAAAUUAUUUAUAACUGGAAGCCAAAUGUUUUCUUCCCCUUCCUCCUCCCUAAAGCUCUGGUGACUUUUCCCAUGAUUUUCACUGAGACUUCUUGGCCUUCUGUAACUUUUUGCUUGGAAGAACUUUGGUGCUUUGGGACUUCGAGAAAAAGUAUCAUGGUCAGGAAGGAGAACGCUGAUGUGUGUCUUGGCAGGCCUGCACCAACACGAAGUUUCCCUUUGACCAAGAAAGAGCACGUGUCCUUUUAGAAAGUAAAUAAGCAUUGUUACCAAAACCCUCAAUACAACUUACAAGGGCUUGACUGGAAAACAUGCUUGAAAAAGUAAAGAGAGUAAUUUGUUUGAAGAUUUUGUUUGAAGAACGCUCAUUACAGCAGGAGCAGAUGAAUGUUCUGCUGUUUGGUGUUAUUUGAGUAUGAACAUACUGACCUUUCAGAAGGUGUAGAAUCUCCCUCCAGCAAUCAUUAAACCACGGGAGGAUGAGAAGUUGUCUUUAUUCAAGAAUAUAUUUUGCAUACAGCCUUGAAAACACCUUUCCUUUUCCCCUUCCCUCCCUGAAGAGGACAGACAUUAAUGAAGUGUUGUGUGCUGUAUUUACCAUGAAAAUUCCCAAGAGAGCUGGUAAGGGACCUGCUGUAUCACAAAACAACUGUACUUAAACCUUUUUUGGGGAGGGGUUGGUAUGUUGUUACUUGAAAUCACAUGACUGACCUCUCUAAUUAGAGGAAGGAAUUGGCAGCAGUGCUAUGUUCUGUAUCUCUUACAUGUGUUCAUUGUAGAAGCAAUAUGAAGGUGAACUCCAUGCUCUGGCAUAGUAUAGCAAGCCUCCAAUUAUAAAUGCACACACCUCACAAAUACCAGCUGUGUAGUUAGGCUGCUGCAGUGGAAACAGGCAGCCUGAGGGCUGGACUCUGCUUGCUCUACUCUUCCUUUCUAGUGAUGUGAAUCUGCAAUGGCUGGGUCCAGCCUUUUGUCUGCCUGAGGGCUUAGAAACCUAGGGACAGCUUCCUGGUUUGGCUCUCUGUGUUCCAAAUGUAGAAAGCGGAAAUUAAUAUUGAUUCUGCAUCUCGAGGGACUUGAAUGAUGGAAGUGAGGUGUUUUGGGUUUUGUGUGGGUUUUUUCUUUUUCUUUUUUUCUUCCAGGCCUUGCAAUCUUCUGUGCAUAUCCUGGCCCUUGGGGGACAAGCAUAGGGCUCUGGUUGUCCAUGAGUGGUGCAGAUGGGAAUUCUGCAAGAUAACAUUCAGGGUAGAGAAUUAAGCAUCACUAGCUACUUGUUUUUUAAGCCAUUCUUCCCCCUCUUCCAGCCCUGGGAGAGACAUAGAUCCAUCUGUAUUAGGUGUUCCCUCAGGUACAGGCAGAACACAUAAAGCUUCUGUGCGGUCAUGUAAGCUCCCCUUAACCUGUAUGAGAGCAGGUGAUAGAGUUCCUGUCUAAAGGAGGUAGUUCCUUUCUCUUGCAAAGCCAAUGUGUGGAGCUGCAGGAGUGACAGACAGCAACUGUGACUCAGCCAGCACUGAGUGAAGGUGGAGAAGCCCCUGCUCCUCUCAGGGGUAUAGACAUAAGCUAAAUAUCUAUGUAUUAAACUCAUAGGGUAUGGCUCCAAGUGCAGUCCAUAUAGCCUCUCCUUUUGAUGAUAGAGGGAUGCAGGUGUUGUGCUGCAGGCCUAUAGCUACAGAGGUGACCUUUUUUUUUUUUUUUAAAUACCUCAGUGCCUUCUCCAGUAACUCUGACACUAUGGGCUCUCACUGACACUUUGUUCACAGUAGCCAGGGGAAUGGUGAGUUGGGAGCUGCCUUUCUGUGCUCUUCUGGAGCAGAACAAAGUUCCCAGCACUAUUUGGUGACAUUGGAAGCAGGGAAGGAGGUUUUGGUGCUGAAAUGAGGAAAAUGGAUAAAUGAAGGAAACAGGGAUAAAAGAAAGAAACUAAAAGAGGAAAUUCAACAGCUUGAUUGUCCACAGCUGUCACACAUGCUUUGGUUUGUGCACAGCUCCCUGGUUUUGCUUGAAAGUUCCCCAUCUCCUCAGUACUGGCUACAGCUGUGCUUGGAGCUGUGAUGUGAUAAGAAUUUAUCUGCUUCCACAUGUACCGGGUACAACAUAAGGUAGGAAUGUAGGAUGCAGGGAAAACUGUAACAAGGCAGGAAGGGAAGAGCAAAAUAUGGAAGUGUGUCAUGCAGAAGAUUUCCUUUCAAAGCUGUUGGACUGAAGCAGCCCAGGGAUCUGUCAUUUUUAAUUCUGCACCCACUGCAUGUGAUAGCCAAAUGUGUUCUGUGUGAGAGGGGUUUAUCUGAACUGUAUGUGAGUGUUUGCCUUUUCACAGCUGUGAACUGGAUUUUUAUUGCUAGUACUGCAGUAAGAUGGUUUAUACCUGAAUUGCUGAAAAGUAGCUCCGAAAUAGCCUUUAAGUGCCUGUCCUGUUUGCAGCUUAGAUACUUCCUUCACCUGACCUGACCUAUUAUACAAAACCAAAUGGUUGCAGGGCUCUUGGAGGAGAGAUGAGCUGGGACAGGCAGGGUUAGAGUUAUAUUAAUGCAUGGCCUCUUCUGCACAGCCCAAGGGGGAAACAUCCAAGAUACAGCUGUAGGCUCAGGCAUUCCCUUCUCUCUCUUUGUAAAUUGUGGAUUAGUUAGGGAUCUCACUGCCAAGCAAUUACAGCAAAACUAUCACCCUAUCAAGAAGAAAAGGAACAGCACUAACAUGGCUUCACUGUUAAAUGCAGGGUAUACAGUGGCGAUGCAGGCAUGACUUUCAUGUCUUGCAGGCCAGCAGAGAUGCACCUUCUCAGCCACUAAAGCAUGUUUUCCAUGCUGGUUUUGUUUCAUUUAGUUGCUUUAAGCCUCUUACAGCUCAGUGCAUGGAGUUCUUGUAUGUGUAGACUCUACUUGUGGGAGUGAGCAUGGGAUUUGUAUUGCCUCCACCCAAGAAGAGAAGUGCUCUGAAACUGAAGCUCAGAAGAGGCUGGAGAAGAAAACUGCAUGCAACCAGGUUGUUGGUUACUCAAGAAUAUGCCGCGGGGGGGCAGGGGGUAGUGGGAAUGAAGUGUGUUUCCACCUAAGAUUAAAGCUCAAGCACUGAAGAGAUAAUAAAAUUGCUGGUAAAAAGUAAAUGGUCUGGCCACCUGUAGGGGUGUCAACCAAUCCAUGGAGCUGAGGUGGCAGCUGGCUGGCCCAGGGAAAGCGUUUGCUCUUUGAACAGCAUGCCUCUUGAAGCCCGCUGCAGCAGAUGGCUCUGGCAGCCCCGGUUGUUGACUGAGAGACUUAAGCACUGAAUAAACUGAAGAUGCUGAAGCCUCCUCUGUCUCCCAAGGGUAAGCUUGCAUCUCUGUUUUGGACUGAGAUGCAACAACUAGAAAGAAACAUAUGGUGUUAUCAAAGCUGUCUAGGUUUUGAUUUUUAAAAAAAUAUAAACAGGAGUUAUGAAUGGGUUUUGACAAGUAUUCCUUUGUACAGGGCCCUUGCUUGUAUUGAAACAGGCACGUGAUUGUGAACAUACUAUCUGGAAAAAGGUUCAUAUAAAUGCAGCUUGCUAAAAGGUGUUCAGGGAAGGCGAUUUGAAUGUGUAAGACCACAAGGGGAAAAGCUUUUACUAUAGGUAUGGCGGUCAGUGGUAAACAGGGAAACCUGUUUUUGAAUCAUUCCUAGAAAGUGUGGAUGGCAUCUAACAGCACGGAACAGCUCCUGCACCCAGCUCGUGUCCCUUGCUGUGUCUGUUGUCGGCUUGUGCAGUAUUUGAGAUUAUGUAGCCCCCUCUUCUUUUUCUUAAAUGUUAUGCCUGAUAUCCUCUAAAAAUUGUUUGUUUUGUUCAGUUUAA